GUAAUCCUCAGACUACCUUUAAGAAUGGGGAGGCAAAGUGAAGGAACCGUGGUUUUCAUAGUGCUGUCUUUUCUACAUGGAGUUCUGGCCUCUGCUGCUGUGGAAGUCGAGCCAUCCAUCAAUCCGGCUGUGGUCGGGGAUACAGUGACCCUGUCUCUGUCUCCCUCCACGUCUAUUAAAAGUGGGAGCUGGGCCGUUGGGGAGUCCCAAAUUCUCACCUGGCUGGGGGAGCAGCAGGCAGUGUUUCCCAGUCACAGCGGCAGGGCGUCAGUCAACGUCCUCACAGGAGCUCUCACUCUGAGCUCCGUCAAGGUGUCGGACUCAGGAGUCUACAUCGUGCAGGGCACCGACCCCCAGCUAAAGGCCAAUACCUCCAUCACUGUACUGGAGGCCGUUUCAAAUGUGACUUUAAAUGCAACUGCAACCAGCCUGACGGAGUUCAACAGCUCAGCAGUCAUUACAUGCUCUGUCUCCUCUGGAUCCGCCCUCUCUUUCCUUUGGAUCAACGGCAGCUCUGUGGUCACAGCCGGUGACAGAGUUCAGCUCACUAAUGGAAACUCCACUCUCACCAUUACCAGUGUGACCCGCUAUGACCAGGGACCAUUCAAGUGUCAUGUAUUCAAUCCUGUCAGCAAUGAAACCAGUGAUUCUGUCAACUUUACAAUCACAUAUGGUCCAGAUAACAUGGCUCUCACAGUGAAUGGACAGAACACAGCAUCCUUUUCGGUGGGGUCCAAUCUGACCAUGCUCUGUUCAGUACAGUCCAACCCUCCAGCUCAGCUCCAGUGGGCUUUCAGAGGAGAGCUUGUGAACACUUCAGGCCCACUGUGGGAGCUGUUCAGUGUCAGUAAGGAGCAGAGUGGUCCUUAUUCCUGUGUGGCCUUCAACAAUCACACCAACAUGAACAGCACAAUCACCACAAACAUCCUGAUAUCAACUCCAUCUUAUAGCCAGAUGAUAUCUGCCUCUAAGAACCCCUUACAAGUGGGCAGCACAGUCAUUCUUUCCAACAGUGCCUCUGUCACUGCAGGCAUAUGGUCGUUCGAGGGGGCAUUCAUUGUGUUCAUAUUCCCUGGAACUGUUAUCAUUUCAAACACUUGGAUUUCCAGGGUGGCAUUUGAUCCCAUCAAUUCCUCAUUGACUAUAAAGUCACUAACUCUGGAAGACUCUGGAAAGUACACAUUAGAGGCUCCCAAUGACUUUCUUGCUGAGUUCAGACUUCAUGUCCAAGUGCCUGUUUCAGGUGUGACUCUGAAGGCAGACAACACCAGGCUUGUUGAGUUCAAUGACACAGCAGUUCUUAUGUGCUCUGUGUCCAAUGGUUCCUCCCUGUCUUAUGUUUGGACGAAGGGCAUCUCUGUUGUCAAAGCUGGUGGGGGAGUACAGUUCAGCGACGAAGACGCCACUCUCACCAUAACCAGAGUGACCCGCGAUGAUGAGGGGCCGUUCAAAUGCGCUGUGCACAAUCUUUUAAAUCAUGAAGUCAGCCUCCCAGUUCUUCUGAAUGUCAGCUAUGGUCCAAGUAAUACAAAGAUCAUGAUUAUGCCAACUGGCUACAACCACAGAACUGGCUCUAACGUCACACUGUCAUGCUCAGCCGAGUCCAGCCCUUCAGCCACGAUCCAGUGGAUGUUGAACGGGGUGUACCUCGAUCAUUUUGGCCCAAAUCUUCAACUAAAGAUGGUUAAAGAGAGCGACUCAGGAAAUUACAAAUGCAUUUCUCACAACACAGUCACGUCCAGGUUCAGCAGUGCAAGUGCAAUGAUCAAGAUUGUGGAUUCAAUCAUGGACGUUAAAGUGCAAACUCCGAUGCAUCCUGCCAUUGAAGGUCGUGUUUAUGUGUUAACAUGCAAUGUGAGCGGACCUGCUCAGCAUGUUUACUGGAUGAAAAAUGGUCAGCCACUGCAUGACGACAACAGAACGACUUUCAGCAUGGAUAAUAAGACGGUCACCUUUAGCCCCAUACAAUAUCAUGAUACUGGAAAAUACCAGUGUGUGGCUUUUAAUCCUGUCAGGAACAUGACCAGCCCUCCUUAUAUGCUCUAUGUGAACUAUGGGCCAAAAACACCGGUUGUUAAAGGGCCAUCUUACGCUGAGACUGGACAGGAAGUGAACUUUGAUUGUUAUGCGAAGUCGGUGCCUCCCAGUCACUAUAGCUGGUGGUACAAUGGCUCUGAGGUGGCCAAUACUUCAGUGUAUAAAACUAGCCCUUUGACUCUUGAUAUGAGUGGAGAAUACACCUGUAUGGCUUACAAUAACAUCACUGGAAAGAACAGCACAAGCUCCCAGAGGCUCACAGUCAUUGAGGCUAUAGAGUCAGUGAACAUCACAAAGAACACAUUUCCAAUAAUCUCUAAAAACUUCACUCUCACCUGUGAAGUAAGCGGGCCUUAUGAUAGCAUCUACUGGAUGAAAGACAACAUGCACCUCACCAUGAACACCUCCACAGCUAAAGCAAAGUCUUAUUACCUUAAAGACAACAUGCUUCACUUCACUCCUGUGACAAGGAACCAUGACGGGAUGUAUAUGUGUGUCACUACAAAUAAGGCUAAAUCACAUCGCAGCGAUCCAUACACGCUCCUGGUGAACUAUGGACCAAAGAUGCCAACUAUCACGGGACCUAAAGCAGCAAUCCCAGGAGACGAUGUCACACUAAGUUGCUAUGCAUCUUCAAACCCUUCCAGCUCCUACAUGUGGUUUUUCAAUGGCACCAAAGUGGCCAACACCUCAGAGUAUGUCACACCACCUUUUACCAGUGACAUGGUGGGGAUGUACACCUGCAUGGCCUUCAACGGCAUCACCGGCAAAAACAGCACAGCAUACACAAUGAUAAAAGUUGUUGAUUCAAUCAUGGACGUUAAAGUGCAAACUCCGAUGCAUCCUGCCAUUGAAGGUCGUGUUUAUGUGUUAACAUGUAAUGUGAGCGGACCUGCUCAGCAUGUUUACUGGAUGAAAAAUGGUCAGCCACUGCAUGACGACAACAGAACGACUUUCAGCAUGGAUAAUAAGACGGUCACCUUUAGCCCCAUACAAUAUCAUGAUACUGGAAAAUACCAGUGUGUGGCUUUUAAUCCUGUCAGGAACAUGACCAGCCCUCCUUAUAUGCUCUAUGUGAACUAUGGGCCAAAAACACCGGUUGUUAAAGGGCCAUCUUACGCUGAGACUGGACAGGAAGUGAACUUUGAUUGUUAUGCGAAGUCGGUGCCUCCCAGUCACUAUAGCUGGUGGUACAAUGGCUCUGAGGUGGCCAAUACUUCAGUGUAUAAAACUAGCCCUUUGACUCUUGAUAUGAGUGGAGAAUACACCUGUAUGGCUUACAAUAACAUCACUGGAAAGAACAGCACAAGCUCCCAGAGGCUCACAGUCAUUGAGGCUAUAGAGUCAGUGAACAUCACAAAGAACACAUUUCCAAUAAUCUCUAAAAACUUCACUCUCACCUGUGAAGUAAGCGGGCCUUAUGAUAGCAUCUACUGGAUGAAAGACAACAUGCACCUGACCAUGAACACCUCCACAGCUAAAGCAAAGUCUUAUUACCUUAAAGACAACAUGCUUCACUUCACUCCGGUGACAAGGAACCAUGACGGGAUGUAUAUGUGUGUCGUUACAAAUAAGGCUAAAUCACAUCGCAGCGAUCCAUACACGCUCCUGGUGAACUAUGGCCCUCUGACGGUGACAAUCCUUGGUCUAGAUUCAACACAAAUCGGCCUGACUGCGAUCAUGAAAUGCUUUGCUGAUUCUCGUCCAGAUAGUGAGUUUAACUGGUUCUAUAAUGACUUAUCUUCUCCUCUAAUGGCCGGCUCUGUUCUCAGUUUCCCUGUGACCAAUGACAGUGAUGGGACAUACAUAUGUAAGGCGAGAAACCCUGUGACCAAUAUCACCAUGUACCGGACCAAAGAAUUUACUGCUCAUGCCGUUGGCCUCCACACCCAGUCCAAAGCUGCUCUGAUGAUGGGUCUUCUUGCUUUGUCUGUAAAUGUGCUCUUCAACUGAGUCUUCACUCUGGGAAACAGACAGAAAGGCCUCUUGCUCCUGGCUUUGUCAACAACCUUAUUUUAAAAUGAAUGGGAUGUGACUGUGUGUACAAUAUUCUGCUGCCAUAACAAUCUGAUUUGUGCCCAGCUUUGAUUCCAGUAAGAAAUCUCUGUUUGAUAUUUCACUUAUUCAAAUCAUUUUCAUUAACAAACAAUACAAUCAUUCUGAUGGUGAAAUGACAAAUGUUAUUAAUUUACUGCUUUGCCUUUAGUUUGUUUUAUGUUACGUGCUGUCAUGCAAGAAAGAACAUUUUAAUUGUGGUGGAUUUUGAUUAGCCUUCAAGCCAGUUUAAUAAAGUAUUUUAAGUUUCUUUAUAGUGCAAGAAGAGGAAACUCUUCAAAUGUUUUAUCUAAGAUGCCUCUGUAUUUUUUGUUUUUGUACUUCCUCACUCAGAUCAGCUGUAGCUUUUUUGUUUAGUGCAAUAACAUGUCAAUUCUAAGUGAAUUUUAAUCGCAUUAUGCAAUGAUUUAGAGUAGGCCUUUCUAUUUUUUUUAAUCAAUAAAAACACAAUCAAUUUUGCAUGUA